AUGCCGGUAGCGAUCUCAUUUGACGACCUCAAAUACCUUGGGGGCGGCAAAUCAGGCACUGUGUACGCGAUCGACGACAAAACAGUCCUCAAAUCCAUCGAUGGUGCUGGGGCCGGUUCCUGUUACGGGUGGUUCAGUUAUCGACGAUCAACACCGAGUACAAGCAUACAGACCGACAUUUUCGCAUUUGGAUGCAUGAUCUACGAAGUCAUGACUGGCCAGCCUCCUCAUGAAGACCUCGUGGCGAACGAGCAUCGAGCACAGCUCGUCGAGCAACGAUCCGCCGAAGGCCAAUUUCCUGAUGUUGAAAGCCUGCCUUUGGGAGACUUGAUACACAAAUGUUGGCAUGGCACUAUCGGUUCGACGCAAGAGUUGGGCAAGACAUUACAAGCCGCAGAUCGUUGGCAUUUGGAAUGA